AUUAAGUUAUCAGCUGUUGUAAAACAGAUAAACAAAAUGACAACGACCUCCCUCAAAUAUUUUAUGCAAACAAAACUGAUAACUGUUGAAGUGAAGUGUAUUUUUGUGAAUUAAAAAACCUUAACAUUAUUUACGAGUUUUAAUUUAAGAAUUUGACAAUAUUUUAUAAGACAAAUAAAGCAAAAAUGCCGCCAAUCCUCUACAAAGCAGAUGCCAGUCCCCCAGCGAGAGCAGUGAUGAUGGUCAUAGAUAUUUUAAGGAUAAACGUUGAACAGAGGAAUUUGAAUCCAGUAUUGCGAGAACAAGAUGCACCAGAGUUUGUAAAGAAAAAUCCCAUGAGAACCAUCCCUUGGUUAGACGAAGGCGACUUCUGGUUGGCUGACAGCCACGCCAUUAUGAUUUAUUUAAUAGAAAAAUAUGGUAAACCAGAACAUUCCAAGUUGUACCCGACUGACAGCAGAAAGCGCGCCACUGUUCAUCAGAGGCUGUUCUUCGAUUGUGGGAUCCUGUUCCAAAGACUAAGAGCUGUGAUGGCACCAACAUACAUGGGAAGACUGACAGAGAUGUCAAAAGGCAUGAUCAGGAACAUUGUGGACGCAUACGCAAUGCUUGAAGAUUAUUUAUCAGAGAACUUGUAUGUGGCCGACGAAGUCAUUACGAUUGCGGAUUUAAGCAUAGCCUCUACAAUGGCAACACUGGUUGGAUUAGUUGCAAUUGAUGAACAAAGAUUCCCCAAAUUAACACAAUGGUACAACAAUAUGAAUAAACAGGAUUAUUGUAUAAGAAUCAACAUUCCCGGCGGCAAAGAACAUUCCGAUGGACUGAAGGCUUUGAUGGCAAAUACUAAGUUUCACCAAAAAUCUAAGAUAUAAUCUUAUGAUAAAGUAUUAUAAUGGUAAAGGUUUGUUAAAGGAGAUUUUUACUGAGAUUUUGAAAAAUCAAAACAGCGAAACUGACAUAAGAUAAAAU